UGCAUUUCAGAGUUAGUGGAGCAACGUUAAAUGUAGUAUUGGUAUGUGUUACUCUACAAGUUGUCUCUUGAAUCAACAGGUAGAUUAAGUAGAGUUUCUUUAAAAUUAAUUAAAUUAUCUUUUUUUGAACAUGAAUCGGUGAAAAAUGUAUCGAUACUGGGAAAAGAGAGCUCAAACUAAGGAUAGCCAGUGAAAAAAGAUUAUAUUUUUGAAAGCGUCUGUGAAGUAUACGAAGAAAUUCCUUGCAUUCCAACGUUGGUCCAGGGUCUCGCGAGGCCAGCAUCUAGAUGAGAAUGUUACUUUUGUGAUUACUCAUUCGGUGACAUCUGAGGAAUGUGAAGAAUUUCUACACUGUGGCAUGUGUGGCAUAGGUUGACAGAAGGAUAAGGUGCUGGAUAAUCCAAAUGGAUAACACAAGCCCAUUAUGGCCCAGCAUCUGCAGACGCAACAUCAACACGAAUUUUUACCACUUUGCGAUGUACUAUUCAAUAUAAUAUCUCUUGCUUCAUAUUUUUGUGACGUUGUUUUUGACUUUGCAAUGGUAUAUGCUCUUGCGCAUCAUUCUAUUGCUCCUCCAAUUCUUUUUCCCUUGAGCAUUAUUCUUAUAGCAACAUCAUUAAUUAUUUCUCAGAUUAUUAGUAUACGAUGGUAUUUAUGGGGUGCCAGAGGCAAAUUAACUGGUAAUACUAUAUCAGAUUGUAACGAGAAAAAGGAAAGUAAUAAUUGGACAGUAUGGUGUGUCUUAUUACUUCAUUCCACUCAAGUAGGAGUAUUGUGGAGAUACUUCAAAUUGUUUAUUCCAGUUAAUUUAACUUAUGUCAAACACGAGGUAAGAGAACUUUGCGUAUUACGCCUUAUUCAUGCGUUCUGCGAGGCUGCGCCAAUGUUACUCUUGCAAUUAUAUCUAUUAUCCAUUGGGGUCAACAAUGAAUCAAAUACAGAUGUUGGUAAAGAGAAAGAAACUGAAAGCAGAGACAGUGACAAACUGGCGAAAUUGACUGCGGUAUCUGCUGGUCUAUCUUUGUGGAGUGUAUGUUGGGCAGUUGCUAGUUUUAGUAAGGGUGCAGCGCGUCUUCGUAAUUUAGAGCGUUUGGUACUUACAUGGCUAGGUGUGCUGGCACAACUAGCAUGGCGUUUGGGAACCGUAAGCGCUAGAGUAGGAGUAUUGGUAGCAUAUGCUUCACUCUAUGGUGGACAGUGGCUCUUAAUUGUCAUGGCAUUACAUUGGCUAUCAAUGUUGAUGUGGCUACUGCUUACUCCGGAUGGUCUUUUUCACGGUGGUGAACAUUUACCUAUUAUAAGGAAAACAUUUUUAGCCUCGCUUCUUGCGUUUGUCUACAUAUUUGCAUAUGUAAAUUUGCACGAAACGAAUCAUCGUCAGAAAAUGGUAAUUUUUUAUACAGUGAUGUUCUUGGAAAACAGUCUGCUCAUAGGUGUAUGGAUAGUGGGUAUCAAUAGAAGCGAUCUCCUUCCACACCAACACCACCCAAACCCUGUAACUUUAGUACUUACAUUUUUAGCUUUAUUCUUUGGUGGUAUGUUUUUCAUGGGUCUUUAUUAUAGGUUUUUUCACGUACGAAGAUUGAGGUAUGAAGCGGGUGGUAGAAUGACAGCUUCAAAUCUAACAGCUUUGUCAAAUCAGGAUAAUUUGGAAGAGAAACAAAUAGAAUACUCAGAGGAGAAAAAAGUAAACGCAAAUGUAGGAGUAAGAAGAGUUAAAUUGAGUAACGGUGGCAUACCAGGGGUAUUUAACUGUCGUUUUGCUAAUCCAGCUGUAGUUAAUCCGAAUCGUAAGAAAAAGAAACCAACUACGUUCGUACCUCCACCGCCGCCACAAUCACAAGCUGAAGCUGUAACGACUUCUAUAAAUACACUAGGAGAUACGAAACAAUGGCUUGGUGUAAAUAAUAAUUCACGUCAAUUAAUACCAUUCUGGAAAAAGUCCGUAAAUUCUAGUGUAAUCUUGAGUGAUCACUCAAACGAGCAAAAGAUCGGAGUAGAUGUUGGAACAACUGGAUCCCUGAGUGUUAAUUUGAUAAGGGAGAAACUUCAAGAAAAAAAACAACAGCAACUGCGAGAAUUAAGAGCUAUCCAAGAAGAGAUCAAAGAAGGAAAAUUAUUUCCUCCACCCUCAGCUUCGGCAUCCUCAUUCUCAUCGUCACCUGCAUCGAAUCAACAACCACCACCUAAUACAAAAUUACACACUUCUCCUAGUUCUCCUUUAUUUACAUCUGCACCGUCUUCGGGUGAUCAAAAUGGUGGAAUAACGUUAUCUUCAUGGCCACCGGUAAAAAUGCAUUGUCUUUUACCUCCACCACCUUCCUCCUCCUAUUAUCCAAACGUUCAUCCUUCAAAUUCAUGGAGAACGACGCAGAGAGAAAGAGCGGAUACACCGGAAAUCUUGCUCGCACCACGUUGUCUUCCUCAUCAUUACUCUCAUUGGCCACCUUCCACCCACAUUAAUCAUCGAUUACGUUCAAGCCAAAACGGUGGAGAAGAAAGUUCCAAGGGCGAAGGAGAAAUUGAAGGAGAAAUAAGCGAUAUGGAAGGUAGUCAAGUAUCGUUACCUCGAAGCUACACUCUUCCUCGCGAAUUUAAAUACAAUCAUCCAAAUAAUAUUGCCAGAGAUCGAGAACGACGAGUAGGAAGUAGUAAGGUGACAUCUUCACGUUUUUAUUUACCUUCUACCAAUAGCUCUGAUGGAGAUGUAGAUAGUGCGGAUAACGAAGAUGAAACAGAUUCCGAGGUACAUUUUCGUAUGAAGAAUAAUCACAGGCAUAAUACUAAUGGUGAAAUACAGCAGCAGCAGCAGCAACAGCAGCAACAACAGCAACGAUAUAUAUUCGAAGAUAGUAACAAAAAUGAAUUCUUGCACUCUAAUUCAGACUCUGUGUCGGCUGUUAUCAUUUCUGGGAAUUCAUAUCUGAGUAACUCUCAAGGAUUGUUGCGACCAAGUCAAUUAUUCAGAAACAGGGUUAAACACGAAACGAAGCUUUGAAGUUUCUAAGUGCUUCUAUUAAGAGAUUGUAUAAUAGCUAAUUGAAGAUCUGAAACAAAAGACUGUAUGUGAUCUAUUUUUAUAAAAUUUAUACUUUUUUAAUCGUGAUUGACAUUCCUAGGGUGCAGAGCAUGUUUGUACAUAAAGUAACAACGAAGCAACGAAGUAACAAUUUUUAAAUAGCACCGUUUCAUUUGUUCCUUGUAAAUGAUGGGGAAACCAUGUACAAAUUUAAUAUGUGUCGAUUUACCAGGUAUGUUUAUUUAAAUAAUCAGUUUUACAAUUUAAGAACUUAGGAUUCGA